AUGGAUUUAAGUAACUCAUUAUAUUCAACGGAACAACUGAUUGAACCAAAACCAUCUCAUACUAUAUUUAUAUUAUAUUGUGAAUUUUCUACAAAACGUGCACCACAAUUAUUUUAUCUUUUACGUAUUCAUGACAGAGUAUUACAUUUCACUUCAUAUCCUGCAUUAAAAUAUCCAUUUCUUCUUCUUCUUCUUGUUGUUGUUGUUGUAUUAUUUAGCUACACUCAUUUAACAUCAAAACCAUUUUCAUGUUCAAUAUGUCAUCGAGGCUUUUGUCAAUCACGUUCAUUAGAAAAUCAUAAACGUUCAAACCAUCCAAUUAAAAAAGAUGAAACCGGUACAAAAUUCAAUGAUAAUCAUUCGACUAGAUUGAUUUAUACAACAGCUAAUAUUAUUCCUAUAAAUGACAUGAAUACCAGUACUACUACUACUACUACUCAUAAUAAUAAUAAUAAUAAUAAUAAUAGUAGUAGUAGUAGUAGUACUAGUACUAGUACUAGUCCAAAAAAUUCCGAAGAUGAUGAAGAAGAAGAAGAAGAACACGAAAAACAAGAACAACAACAUGAUGAUGAUGAUUCUGAAGUGUUCUAUUUAUACAAUAAAGAUAAUCGGGAUAGUGAAUUUACUCAACAAUUUGUACGUUUAUGUAAAUUAUUACCUCAAAUGACAAAUGUCAAACCAACAUCAUCAUCAUCAUCGUCGUCUAUGCAAACAAUCGGUAAUAAAACUGAUAUUCUAAAUUUACUACGAUUUUAUAAACAAACUAAUAAACAAUGGUUACAACCAAAGAAAUCCAUCGAAUUGAAUACAAAUUUACAUGUUGGUCUACAUGAUUCAUUAGUUCAUUUAAUUCAUAAUGAUGAUGAUAAUAAUGAUUAUGCCGACAUAACUAGUGCAACAACAUUUAAUGAAGCUAUUUUCAAAGCAUCUAUUGAAUGUUAAAAUGCUGAUACACUACCUAAGCAUCGUCAACUUUACUGGAUUGAAUUAUUUGAAAGAGUAUGAGGAAGGCAGUAAAGGAAAAUCAAUUUAAAGGAGAAAAUAAAGUUUAACUAAAAUCAUACAUCUAAAGAUACUACUUAUUUACUUAUUAUCAAAUGAACAUAUUAUGAUAUUUACAAACAUGUAAAUAACAUUUAAUGCUGUAUUCUAUUUAUCAUAGUUCUUGUUUCUAUAAAAAGAUUAUGAAAAG